CUCCUUUCUUGGGCCUAGAAAUCCAAGAUGGCGGCCACGGAGUCGGAAGAGGUUCCGGCCAUCCCGAAGUUUUUAAUGGACUGUUCGGCGAAGGACAUCGCCUUGAACUGGCUUCAAGCAACAGAUUUGACCAGAGAUGUGUACCAGCAUCUUGCUGAUUACGUACCAAAGAUUUACUGUAGAGGCUCUAACCCUAAUCCACUUAAUGAAGAAAUGUUGGCACAGCAUAUUUUAUUGGGGCCAAUGGAAUGGUACCUGUGUGGAGAGGAUCCAGCUGUGGGAAUAACAAAACUUGAAAAGGCAAAUAAGUCAUCUCAGCUGUGUGGGCGUGUUUUCCAAAUUGGAGAGCCUACCUAUUCAUGCAGGGAUUGUGCAGUAGAUCCAACCUGUGUGUUAUGCAUGGAAUGCUUCUUGGCAAGCGUGCACAGAGCCCAUCGAUACAGGAUGACUACUUCAGGUGGAGGCGGUUUCUGUGACUGUGGAGACACUGAGGCUUGGAAACAAGGUCCAUAUUGUCUGAAACAUAAACCUGCUGUCUCAGGAGCCAUGGAGGAGGAUCCACUGGCACAUUUAUCUGAAGAUAUGGUUGGACGUGCCUACAACAUUUUUGCAAUUGCAUUCAAAUAUGCUGUAGAUAUGUUAACGUGGGUGGAAGAAGAUAGACUACCGUCUGGUUUAGAGCCUUUGGAAAAGGAAGAUACUUACUACUGUAUGUUAUUUAAUGAUGAAGUCCAUACUUAUGAGCAAGUGAUUUACACCUUGCAAAAGGCUGUGAACUGUACACAGAAGGAAGCUGUCAGCUUUGCGACCACUGUGGAUAGAGAUGGUCGUAGAUCAGUUCGCUAUGGUGAUUUCCAGUUUUGUGAGCAAGCAAAAACAGUUAUAGUGAGGAACACUAGUCGACAAACAAAGCCACUGAAGGUGCAAGUAAUGCAUUCAUCUGUUGUUGCACAUCAGAAUUUUGCCAUAAAAGUAUUAAUUUGGCUGAGUCAAGUGAUUGGUUACUCAGGUGGAUUAAGGCGAAUAUUAUGUGAAGUAGGAUUACAACAAAGACCAGAUGAAGAUAAUUCUUCCCUCAUUGACAAAUUGAUGCUCUGUGACUCCAAACUUUGGAAAGGCGCAAGGAACAUCUAUCAUCAGUUGUUUAUGAGCAGCCUUCUUAUGGACCUGAAAAGCAAAAAGUUAUUUGCAGUUCGAUUUGCAAAAAACUAUGAGAGGUUGCAGACUGACUAUGUGAAUGGUGACCACGACAGAGAGUUCUCGGUUACCGACCUUUCAGUGCAAAUUUUCACAGUACCUUCCUUGGCUCGCAUGCUGAUAACCGAAGAAAACCUUAUGACAACCAUAAUACAGACAUUCAUGGAGCAUCUAAUGAGACAGCGGGAUUCUCAUGGCAGGUUCCAGUUUGAAAGGUAUACAGCUGUACAAGCCUUCAAAUUCAGGAGGGUGCAAAGUCUCAUUGGUGAUCUCAAGUAUGUGUUGGUUAGCAAACCCAUGGAAUGGACAGACAAACUAAGGGAGAAAUUUCUUGAAGGUUUCGGGGUCUUCUUGCAGUUGUUAAAACGCAUGCAGGGAAUGGAUCCAGUAACAAGACAAGUUGGUCAACACAUAGAGAUGGAACCAGAGUGGGAGGCAGCGUUUACCUUACAGAUGAAGCUCACACAUAUAAUUUCUAUGAUUCAGGAAUGGUGUGCCUCAGAUGAAAAGGUUCUAAUUGAAGCCUACAGGAAGUGUUUGAUUGUUUUAUUACAGUGUCAUAAUGGGCUAUGUGAUGGUGAGCAGCCUAUCAUUUUGAGUAUGUGUGGGCAUACACUGGAAAGUGUACAGUAUCGUGUAUCCCAGCAUCAAGUCAGCAUCCAUUUGCCAGUUUCACGCUUGUUUUCAGGUCUGCAUGUGCUUUUAAGCAAAACUGAAGUGGCUUACAAGUUUCCGGAGCUAUUGCCCCUUAGUGAACUGAGCCCACCAUUGUUAAUAGAACAUCCUCUUCACUGCAUGGUGCUCUGUGCACAAGUACAAGCUGGAAUGUGGCGGAGAAAUGGUUUCUCCCUCGUUAAUCAGAUCUAUUAUUAUCACAAUGUGAAAUGCAGAGUGGAAAUGUUUGAUAAAGACUUAAUAAUGCUCCAGGCCGGAGCAUCUAUGAUGGAUCCAAACCAUUUUCUAAUGAUUAUGCUUUGUCGAUUUGAGUUAUAUCAUAUAUUUAAUAGUCCUGACUAUGGCAAAAGAUUUAAUUCUGAACACACCAACAAGGAUGUCCUGCAACAAAACAAUACUCUGAUAGAAGAAAUGCUUCACUUGGUCAUAAUGGUAGUUGGAGAGAGAUAUACUGCGGGAGUGGGUCAGGUGUCUGCCGAAGAUGAGCUGAAACGUGAAAUUGUUCAUCAGCUCUGUAUAAGGCCAAUGGCACACAGUGAAUUAGUUAAAGCAUUGCCUGAAGAUGAGAACAAAGAGACCGGAAUGGAAAAGGUUAUUGAAUCUGUAGCCUCGUUCAAGAAGCCAGGAUUAACGGGAAGAGGGCUUUAUGAGCUAAAACCUGAAUGUGCCAAGGAAUUUAAUGUCUUCUUCUAUCAUUAUUCUAGGGCCGACCAAUCCAAGGCUGAAGAAGCCCAAAGAAAGUUGAGGAAGCAAAAUGGAGAAGACAUGGCUCUACCACCUCCUGUCCUUCCUCAUUUUUGCCCUCUGUUUGCCAGUCUGGUAAACAUCCUUCAGUCAGAUGUUUUUAUGUAUAUCUUGAGAACAGUCCUGCAGUGGGUUGUGGAACCAAAUGGACAUGCUUGGACUGAAAGUAUGUUACAAAGGGUUUUGCACUUGAUUGGAAUGGCUUUAAAUGAAGAGAAACAACAAAUAGAAAGUGCAAGUGCCGACAGUGAUGUGACCUUUACCUUCACCUCAAAAUUUUCAUGUCCUGGGGAGGCUCCAGAAAACGCACCUAGCAUUUUAGCAAUGCUGGAAACCUUGCAGAAUUCUCCUCAUUUGGAGGUUUAUAAGGACAUGAUCAAAUGGAUACUUAAGCUUUUUGGAACUGUUAAAAAGAUGAGAGAACGAAGCAAUUCGGCUCCUAUUAUAGAAACAGAAGGGCAUGGCAUGGAAGAGUGUUCACGAGAUAAAGAUAAAGCAGAUAGGAAGCGGAAAGCUGAAAUUGCCCGGCUGCGAAGAGAGAAGAUAUUGGCCCAGAUGUCAGAAAUGCAGAGACAUUUUAUUGAUGAAAAUAGAGAGUUAUUUCAACAGACAUUAGAAGAACUAGAAGCUUCAUCUUCCACAGCCCCUGACAACAGACCUUUAGUUCCUGAUGCAGCAUUGAUUGCUUUAGGUCCCAGACAAACCAGAGUCUUUGAAGAGAAACAAGUUGUUACAUGCAUUUUGUGCCAAGAAGAACAGGAGAUUAGAAUGAACAACAAAGCAAUGGUUUUGGCAUCCUUUGUUCAGAGGUCAACAGUUUUGUCCAAGAAUAGAGCAAGGACCAUUCAAGAUCCAGAAAAUCAUGAUCCAUUGUUCAUGUCGCCUGAUUUGGCCUGUGGCACUCAUAUUGGUAGCUGUGGACACAUCAUGCAUGCUCACUGUUGGCAGAGUUACUUUGAUGCAGUUCAAGCAAAGGAGCAGCGGAGACAGCAGCGGUUAAGAGUGCACACAAGCUAUGAUGUGGAGAAUGGAGAAUUUCUUUGUCCGCUGUGUGAAUGUUUGAGCAACACUGUUAUUCCUUUACUUCCUUCUCCUAGAAACCCAUUGAACAGUGAUAAUUCAAAAAACAAUGCAGGUGUUCCUGUUCUGUCAAGUUGGCUGAAACAUACAUUGCAGCAGUUGAAGGUCCUGAAGAAAAUCCAAGAAAAACAAACAGAGAACCUCUCCACCACCCACUUUGAAGGAAUUGAGAUCCCUGAGGUGUUUCAACCUGAUGUAAAACCAAAGAAUCCUUUCUCAGAAAGCAUCAAAGGGAUGCUUACAACCUUGGCUACAGCAACAUUCAAAGUCGGUCUGAAGGUUCAUCCCAACGAGCAGGAUCCACGAGUGCCUAUGAUGUGCCGGGGCAGCUGUGCAUAUACAAUACAAGCAGUAGAGCGUUUUCUAGCAGAUGAAGAAAAGCCACUGUUUGGUCACCUACCAUGUAGGCAGGAUGACUGUCUGAAGGCAUUAACUCGAUUUGCUGCAUCGCAAUGGACUGUGAGUUCCUUGCCUGUAGUUCAGAAUCAAUACGCUCGACUGCUAUCAGUUCUGAUACCUGAUGAUGAUAAGACUCAGAUUUCUCCAUCUAUUCUUGAUGUUGACAUGUUCCAUUUAUUGGUGAGCCUCGUGCUUUCUUACCCAGCUGUGCACUGCCAAGAUUUCACAGGAGUUAGCUUAGCUGUUGGUCACCUUCAUCUCUUCCAUCUGGUUACCGCAGCACACAUUGUACAGAUUUUACUGACAUCUUCAACAGAGGAAAAUACUAUGGACCAGGAGAGUGCUGAUGGAGAUGAAGAAGCUGCUGCCUUAACAUUGUAUGACAAACUCAGGCAAUACUCAGGAAGUGCCUUGAAUUCAAUGACCUCAGGUUGGCACCUGUGGCAAUAUAUCAAGAUUGGUAUAAUACCCUAUCUACGAUGUUCAGCCUUGUUCUUUCAUUAUCUAAAUAAUGUUCCAGCACCAGUUGAACUGCAAGAGAAUGGACCACACCACUUUGAACUGUUAUGCUGCUAUCUUUCCCUCCCAACAAAUCUAAUGAGUCUUUUCAAAACUGAGAAUGAUAUAAUUGAGCCAUUGAUACAAAGAUGGUGUGGUGUUGUGGAAGUGCAGAGCUUUCUGAAAGGAGAGAGAACUGCGAUUAGCUAUCCUCGGGAGCCAAACAAAUUAAUUGAACUUCCUGAUGAUUACAGUUGCCUCAUAAACCGAGCAUCUUGUUUUACAUGUCCAAAAUCAGGUGGGGAUAAAAGUCGGGCACCAACACUCUGCUUGGUCUGUGGGGGCAUGUUGUGUUCUCAGAGCUACUGCUGUCAGACAGAACUGGAAGGAGAAGAUGUUGGGGCUUGUACUGCUCAUACCUACACUUGUGGUUGUGGAGUCGGAAUUUUUCUGCGAGUUCGAGAAAGCCAGAUUUUGUUCCUGGCUGGAAAGACAAAAGGGUGUUUUUAUCCACCGCCUUAUCUUGAUGAUUAUGGAGAGACAGAUCAGGGAUUGAGACGAGGGAAUCCCCUUCAUCUCUGCAAAGAGCGGUACAGGAAGCUGCAGAAACUGUGGCAGCAACAUAGCAUCACAGAGGAGAUUGGUCAUGCACAAGAAGCAAACCAGACACUAGUUGGCAUCGACUGGCAGCACUUGUGAUUAAUUUCUAAUAGAACUGUAGGCACUCGGCACAUCCUGAAGCAAAAAAAAGUCCUCUUGCCAGAAGUCAGAGGAUCAGGUUUAAUGAAAUACACCUCAGGCCACCCAUUUUGAAACACUUAUUUCAGAAUUACAGUGACUUUGAGAAAGGCUACAUUACUAUUCACCUGUCAUUAUGAAAAUGUGGAUUGCAUGUGAAGUGCGUAUUUUAAAGACAUGUCAUUCACUUUAUUUGCACUUGAAAUUUUCUCCACAACGGUGGAACGUUUUGGGAUAAUAAAACCCACAUCUUCAAAGCCACUGUUUUUUAAUCAUAAUUAUUUAUCAGGUGUUGGAGUAAUGCAAUAUAGACAUCCAAAGUGUGUUUCUGUGCUCUAUAGUUAGUGAUGUCUCAUGAACAAUUUUGGGUCAAAUUGGAAAAGAUUGCCAGCCUUCAAUUAGAAACUUUUUUUUUGCUUUCCCUCUCUGACUUGAUUCCAUAGUAGUUUACUCACUUUACACCAAUUUGUGAAUGUGCUUUCUUAAGGUGUGCAUCUGGUUUCAGUCAACUAAUCAAACUUUGAAUACAGUGGUCACUAGAAUAAGAAAGGAUUUCCUUGACUAAAAGAGCAGUUUGCCACUGUUCUACUUGUGUUAAAGAUCUUACUAUUUGUGUGUUACAAAAAAUAUAUUGUAAAAUGUGUUUAAAGGAUAUAUAAAGCUAUUUUAUAAUGUGCAGUUUACUAUGAAUUUAUUUUUUAAAGAAGUCGUAUGCAAGCAGUGGCUGUAAUCAGGGCAGUUAACUUAGUGUUUUUUUUAAAUUGCAAGAAUUAACUAGAGGUUUCUUGAGAUCUACUUUUAAUAGGAAUGAUAGUGAGCAAAGAGGAAAUGCUUGUAGUUUUAAUUUACUUGUCUUUGCUUAUUUGGAGCAUUAUUUUAUCAGAUAUUCAAUUCAGACUUUAGUCAGAACCUGCAUGUUAACAUGUACCUUGCAAAACUCUGAUUCUGUUGCUUUUGGCUGGAGUUGAUCAUGGGUUGUUUCAAGCGUAAAUUAUUCAGGCAAUAUACAAUGCUUUGUAGAAGCUAGUAAAGAAAUGUCUCUGAAACAAAAUGAAAUAAGUAUGAUUAAAUGGAUAUUUUAGGUAAGAUAGUCUGCCCAGCAUUUUGGAAGAUUUUGCUCCAUAAUUAUCCAAAUUCAUGAUACCUUUUUGUUUUAUUGAGAAUGUAGUAAA